UGUGAGCCACAUGCCGUACCUGACRGAGCUCGGCGCCUCCCGGAACCGACUCAGCUCUUAUUUCCAUUUCAAACCGCCCAAAAACCUCAAGGAGGUGGAUUUUUCCCACAACCACAUCCCCAGAAUGCGGGAUUUAUCCGCCUAUCGCUGCCUCACCAAACUCCUCCUCGAUUACAACGAAAUCGAGGAGAUCUCGGGGCUGCAGAAUUGUCACCGAUUGACCCAUCUGGGACUGUCCCACAACAGGAUCAGAGCCGUCGCGGGGCUGGAGAACCUCCCCAUCCGCAUCCUGGACUUG